GUCUGCCUCCAUUUCCAUCGACAUUCUUACUAAAGGUCUUGGUAAAUUUUCGGCAAUGGCAGAUGUGUCAAUGAAUAUUGUCACACCACGGAAGAUGUCUUUCGGUAUCAAUGGUAAAUUGAACGGUUUAGAAAGUAAAACGCCUUUUCUAAUAGGAGUUUCAGGUGGUACUGCUAGUGGGAAAUCAACUGUAUGCAAACGUAUAAUGGAAAAAUUAGGACAAGUAGAUAUGGAUCACAUGCAGCGGCAAGUCGUUUGUAUUUCACAGGACAGUUUUUAUCGAGAUUUAUCACCGGCCGAAAAACUUAAAGCCGAAAAAGGUCAAUACAAUUUUGAUCAUCCGGAUGCUUUUGAUAAUGAUUUGUUACUUCAAACAUUGCAAGACAUACUAGCUGGUGUAAAAUGUGAAAUACCAGCCUAUGAUUAUAGAACCAACAGUUUAAUAAAAGAUCAAAUUACAACAAUCUAUCCUGCAGAUGUAGUUUUGUUUGAGGGAAUUUUGGUGUUUUAUUUUCCAAAAAUACGAGAUUUAUUUCAUAUGAAGCUAUUUGUAGAUACUGAUUCUGACACUAGAUUAGCUAGAAGAGUACCAAGAGACAUAAAUGAAAGAGGCAGGGACUUAGAUUAUGUAUUAAAUCAAUACAUGAAUUUUGUGAAACCUGCCUUUGAGGAAUUCUGUCUUCCUACUAAAAAAUUUGCUGAUGUUAUCAUACCAAGAGGUGCAGACAAUACAGUGGCAAUAGACCUUAUAGUGCAUCACAUCUGGGACAUUUUGCGUUUGAAAAAGGCUGAAAUCUCAUCCGGGCAGCAUCCAUACAUCUACCAACAUAGGCCUACUUUGACUUCAUCCGACACGCUCAGCAGAUGA